AUGUCGCGCUCCUUCUAUGUGGACUCGCUCAUCAUCAAGGACUCGGCGCGCCCGGCGGCCUCCUUGCCGGAGCAUCAUCAUCAUCACCACCACCACCACCACCCGCCCCCUGGGCAGGACUUCCUCAUCCCGCUGGGCGUGCCGUCGCCCCUGGCCGUGUCGGUGGCCGCCUGCCCGUCGCGCAAGAGCGGCACCUUCUGCGUCUGCCCGCUCUGUGUCACCUCGCACCUGCACGCCUCGGAUCUCACGGGCUUCACUAGAAGGUUUCCUUUGUUAGAUGAUCAGGGUCUGAACUUAAGACUUUCAGGCCGUAUCAAGGUUCAAUUCAGAGCCUCGGACGGGGCAAGCCCGUUGCAGAAUGGCAAGCGGAUGCGCACGGCCUUCACCAGCACGCAACUGCUGGAGCUAGAGAGAGAAUUCUCUUCCAACAUGUACCUGUCUCGGCUGCGGCGAAUCGAAAUCGCCACGUAUCUCAACCUGUCGGAGAAACAGGUGAAGAUCUGGUUCCAGAACCGGAGGGUGAAGCACAAGAAGGAAGGCAAAGGCACCCAGAGGAAUACGCACAGCGGCUGCAACUGCAGCAGCAACCCAGGACGUUACCCGAGGUCUGAAGACGAAGAGUCGCUCUCUCCGGCUUCGGGCAACGAAGACAAAGACGUCUCCCCUUUAUGA